CGAGUCUGGCCAGCGUUCAGCGAAGGGCACAAAUGUGACCAGAGUGCAGUGGACGUGGGACUUAGCUGGAACGACUCGGGCGUAAAGUCCGAUACAGACGAUACCAGGAUUCUUUCUCUGGAGCAGACGAUCCGUCGACGCCUUACGGCGCUCGAGCAUGGCCGCCUCGGCUGACAGUACUGGAAAGAAGGUGACCAGCUCCGCAGCUUCGGAUCCGCUCACGAUCAGCUUGCGAGCCCUCCUGAGGAAAACAAAGAGACCGAUGGUGGGUACGAGGAAUAUCUCGAAGACCUGCGCACCAAAUUCCACGAUGCACUUCGUGCGCUCCAGGUCGGAUAUGCGGCAACCUCGAAGGGCAUCUUGUCCACCGCAGCUGCAGCAUCUAGACCAUUUCUGAGACGCUUCAGGCCGCAUGCGCUCCUCAUGGCCGAGUCUUCGCAGAUGACCGAGGCUCGCGCUGUCCACCCAAUUGUGCUUGCCGCCCAGAGUAGACUGGACCGUGUCUUGAUCAUUGGCGACCCGAAACAACUACCGGCUGCAAUAUUCAGCCUCCGCAACAUCUUCACAGAGUAUGGCAAAAUGGAACGUCUGAUCAGUGCAGUACUGCGGCUGAUCACCUUGGCGGAGCAAUACCGUAUGCAUCCCAGCAUCAGCUCUAUUAUAAACUCAACUAUAUAUAAUGGCAAGCUAAGAGACGGCUCGACCGUUCGUGCACGAGAACACGACGCGGGAUCUCAAAACUUUCUGGCGCAGCUGGCUACUCGCAGUAAGACGCUGUUUAAUACGGCAACAUCCUCUAUUAUAAUCUCCCUAGAACGCCGCGCAGACUUUCACUUCGGUUCUUAG